AUGGCACCAACAUGUUCUCGUGUCAACUGCGGAGCACCUACUGUUUCGGGGAACGGCUACUAUACCGGACAGACCACCACCUACGAGUCUAUUAUAGGAUUCGGUUGCAACGACGGCUAUUACAUUGACGGUGCUAAGACAGCCAAAUGUCUCCAUACAAAAGAGUGGGACAAGAAGGCACCAAAAUGCAUCCCAUUCUGCAGGAAGCCGUCUAUUCUUGAUAAUGGUGUCAUCGUUGUUUUGAAACGUGGUGCAAAUGACAACCAGUUUGACGUCGGUACUCUUGUGGAAUGCAGAUGUUUUCAGGGAUACGUGUACAAGGCUAAGUCCAACAUUAGGAAAUGUACUGGACCGCUCACGUGGUCAGGAGUGGCACCCAAGUGCACACGAGGAGAUUGCGGAAAAUCUAUUAAUGUUGAAAACGGCUUUUGUAAAUUUACGCACAGUUAUAUGGACGGCAAAAGAACGUGUGAAUGCAACUCCGGCUACAAGUUUCCUGAUUCUCUUGAUCGGGAAAAACUUGCGACGUGUAACGUCGCCCAAAAUGUUGCAAAAUGGAGCAAGUCUCUUCCAAUAUGCAAAAAGAUAACGUGUCCACCAUUGGUUCAAAAUAGAAGAUUAAACGGAUAUUUGAACUACACCGGAAAUCAUUACAUGAACAUUUCGACAUACAGUUGUCCGUCUGGCUACAAAGCAGUGAAAGGUCACUUCCAGAGACGUUGCCAAUUCGACGAAACGUGGACGAACCAAUCACUGGAGUGUGCCAAAAAAACGUGCGGUUCUUUACAAAAUCCUAGAAAUGGCUUUGUAAUACAAGGACGAACUAAAGCAGAUGAAUACGGUAGAGAAGUCACAUAUUUCUGUAACACGGAGUUCAAGAUAAAGGGUGCUGAAGUUAGAAAAUGCGGCGCUUCAGGACAAUGGGACGGAGAAGAACCGAUUUGUCAACACGUAUGCGCAGUUGUCAGGUGCCAGCCAUCUCAAGAGUGCCACUACAACAGCGCCACGAAAAAAGGUGAAUGUCGGUGUAUGAAUGCAUCUCAAUGCCCGUCGGAUUUCGAUCAGGUUUGUGGCUCAAACGGGAAAGCCUACGAUAACAAAUGUUUGAUGAAAGUGUCAACCUGCUCUGAGGGAAGGCAUGAUGUCACCGUUGCAGCAGUAGGAGGAUGCCGCUUUGGGUUUUGUAAACCUCCUCACCUCACAAAUGGAUACCUUGAAUUUAGUGACAAUAAUGGAGUGCAUGACGUUAACAGUACAGUGACGUAUCAUUGUGAUCAAGGUUAUGAGUUAUCAGACGACAAACAGAAAACAAGAAGAUGCCAAGAAAACAGGAAAUGGUCAGGAACUGAACAAACUUGCACUGAAAUACAAUGCCCGGAUAUCUCUAAUUAUACUAUCAAAGAUGGCAGUAUUCUUAGCACUCGUAGACUGGUUGACUCUAUUGCCGUGUACGAAUGUAAUAGAGGAUACCGCAUUGUUGGAGACAAAACAAGAUUAUGUCAAUCGAAUGGCACAUGGUCGGGCAAUCCUCCAGUAUGUCAAGGCAGCAAAUGCGAUUCACUUGCUUCACCAACUAACGGCAACGUUACCACUCGAACUGUACAUACUAUAGUUAUCUCGACUUACUCUUGCAAGACAGGAUAUCGAUUGAAAAACGGAGACAGUUCUAGAGUUUGUUUGCCAAAUGGGCUGUGGAGUGGAAAGGAACCAUCAUGUGAACCUUGCAGCUGUGAUUCUACUCAAACGCGUCAAGAUGCUAAUAAGAAGCAACAUGCUGUUGUUUUAGUGCAAAUAAUUUCUUUAGCCCAAGAAAAGGAUGGGCACGUAUCAUACAAAGCUAAAGUCAAAAAGGUCUGCCAUGCCAACAAGGCAAUAGCACACAAGCUAAAGUCGGGAAAGGUUGCUUCACUUGCUGUCACCAAACAAACUCAGCACGAAACUUGCCGAUGUCCCGACUUUCAGAAAAAAGUCAUGUACAAAGUAGGGGUCAAGAUCAAUGGGAAAUCCGGGAAGAAAUGGCAACUUAAAGUGCCACAAAACUUUUAUGUGGCAGAAUCAACAGUAUGCUAAAAGAAAAAGUAGCUUUUUGCUAAGGUCAGUGGUCUUAAUAGUAACAAAGGAUUGGAUAAAGAUAACUUUCAUUGAAUAGUAUGAAAUUACGGGCACUUCUCAAUUUUCUUCAAGAAGUAGUAUAUCAAAGUGUUUGUUGGCAACGAAU